AAAGAUAAAAGAUAUUUCAUCUUUUAUCAAUGAAGUUUCCCUUUGGUAUAAAAAAAAAACCUCGAGAUCUCUUCCAAAAAUGGCUCAACCCAACAGUGUAAAGGUCUUAGAGAUAUGCCAGAUUGGUCCACCACCCAAAUCAGUGCCUACCACCUAUCUUCCGCUCACUUUCUUCGACAUACCAUGGCUUCUCUGCCGCCCCAUGCAGCGCCUUUUCUUCUAUGAACUCCCUUACCCUACCGACCAUUUCAAACAGACCAUCCUUCCCAUUCUCAAACACUCUCUCUCCCUCACUUUCCAACACUUCUUUCCCUUGGCUUCCAAUCUUAUAUGCCCCCCACAACCCCUCAAACCCCAUAUCCUCUACACCGAUGGAGACUCAGCCCUGUUGACCAUCACCGAGUGUUUGGGCGAUUUCGACCACAUCGUAGCUAAUUAUCCACGAGAUGCCAGAGAUUUACACCCCUUUGUGCCACAAUUGAACCCAGCACGUGUGUUGCCUGAUAACACACGUGUGGUCCCUCUCAUGGCCUUGCAACUCACUGUUUAUCCAAAUUCAGGCAUUUGUAUUGGUCUCACGUUUUGCCACGUGGCAGCUGAUGGAAGAGCAUUCCACCAUUUCAUGAAAUCAUGGGCGUCCAUUUGCAGGAAGAUAAUUAUGGGAGACUUGGAUUGCACUGACAGCAACAGCACGUUACUCCCAUUUCACAAUAGGGAGGUAAUCAAAGACCCGAAUGGACUUGAGCCCAAUUUCUUAGAGGAGUGGUGGAAUUGGGCUUCAACAUGGAAAGAGGAUACACGUCUCAUCAAUGACGUUCUUGCUGAUAAAGUCCGGGCCACAUUUGUUUUGGGUCAAGCCCAUAUUAAGAGACUAAAGCACAUGAUCACAAGUCAAUGCAUGGAGAAGGAGUUAGAGCCAUUGCACAUAUCAACAUUUGUGGUAACAUGUGCUCUCAUUUGGGUGUAUUUGAUCAAAUCUCAAGACAGUCCGGUAAGUAAAUUUUCGGAUAUUGAUAAUGAUGAGCUCUACUACUUUAAUUUUGUAGCAGAUUGUCGUAACCGGCUUGAAUUUCCAGUACCUUCCACAUAUUUUGGAAAUUGCCUAGCAAUAUGUUUUGUAUCGCUUAAGAGGUGCGAGCUAGUUGGAGAAAAUGGGAUUUUCUCUGCUGUGAAAGCUAUUGGAAACAAAGUUCGGGAAUUGGAGAGUGGAGCUUUGGAAGGGGCUGAGAAAUGGUUGUUAGAUUGGAAAGAAAUAUCGGAAUUGGGUCAUUUUGUCACAGUUGCAGGCUCACCAAGAUUAGGUGUUUAUGAGACAGAUUUUGGGUGGGGGAGACCCAAAAAGAGUGAAGUGGUACAAAUUGAUGUUUCGGGGGCUAUAUCUCUUGCUGAAUGUGGUGAUGAGGAUGGUGCGAUUGAGGUUGGUUUGGCACUUAGUAGGGAAAAUAUGGAUAAUUUCAAUGCCAUCUUUCAACAUAACUUGAAUCUAUUAUGAGUUUUGUUAAGCUCUAGUCCACAAAAUGGAUAAGAUUCAAAUUACUUUCAUCCUAAAUUUCCUUGAUCAAUGUUGGAAAAAAAAAUCUAAUUAUUAGUCU